UCGAGCGGGCGUCCAUGUUGGUGAUCCUGCUGAACUGCGUGACGCUGGGCAUGUUUCAUCCGUGCGAGGACAUCAUCUGCGACUCCGAGAGGUGCAAGAUCCUGCAGAAAUUCGAUGACUUCAUCUUCGCGUUCUUCGCCGUUGAGAUGGUCAUCAAGAUGGUGGCCCUGGGGAUUUUUGGCAAGAAGUGUUACCUCGGAGACACGUGGAACCGCUUGGACUUCUUCAUAGUGGUGGCUGGGAUGCUGGAGUACUCGCUCAACCUGCAGAACGUCAGUUUCUCCGCGGUGCGGACGGUCCGCGUGCUGAGACCUCUGAGAGCCAUCAACCGAGUGCCAAGUAUGCGCAUCCUGGUGAACCUGCUGCUGGACACGCUACCCAUGCUCGGCAAUGUGCUGCUGCUCUGCUUCUUCGUCUUCUUCAUCUUCGGCAUCGUGGGCGUCCAGCUGUGGGCCGGCCUGCUCCGCAACCGCUGCUUCCUCGGCAACUUCUCCUUCCCCAUCUCCGUGAAGCUGGAGAAAUACUACCACACCAAGAACGAGGACGAGAACCCCUUCAUCUGCUCCGAGCCCGGAGGCAACGGCAUGAGGGACUGCGGCUCGGUGCCCAAGGUGUACGAGGAAGGAGGCCUGCAGUGCACGCUGAGCUCGGAGUUCUACAACAGCACCGACAACACCACCUGCGUCAACUGGAACCAGUACUACAACAACUGCACCGCCGGGCUGGUCAACCCCUUCAAGGGGGCCAUCAACUUCGACAACAUCUGCUACGCGUGGAUCGCCAUCUUUCAGGUGAUCACCCUGGAGGGCUGGGUGGAAAUCAUGUAUUAUGUGAUGGAUGCCCACUCCUUCUACAACUUCAUCUACUUCAUCCUACUCAUCAUUAUUGGCUCCUUCUUCAUGAUCAACCUGUGCCUGGUGGUCAUCGCCACGCAGUUCUCGGAGACCAAGCAGAGGGAGAGUCAGCUGAUGAAGGAGCAGCGGGUCCGCUUCAUGUCCAACGCCAGCACCCUGGCCUCGCUCUCCGAGCCGGGCUCCUGCUACGACGAGAUGCUCAAGUACCUGGUGCACGUGGUCAACAAGGGCGCCAGGCGAGCGGCCCGUCUCUGCAGGCUGCUGGCCCGACGCGCCGGCUUCAAUAUCGCCGCCUCGCCGCCGCCCACGGAGCCCCAACGCAGCCUGAGGAGGAGGAGGAAGACCUCCAGGCAGGGGUCCGUGUCGGUCCAUCAGAUGACGCGCCACCACCAGCAGCACCACCACCACCACCACUACCACCUGGGUAACGGCAGCGUGAGGGGCGCAGGGGGCGGACGGUGUCCGGAGGGUCAGGAGUUCGAGGCCGGCGCACAUAGCAACAACGGAGGGGCCGCCGUGGCGCCCGCCGGCGCCGGGCAUCUCGCUUUAGCCGCGCCGCCAUCGCUGACGCCGGCCCGCUCCGACGCAAACCUGCCGGUUCUGUCCCGACUUCCCGAGGGAGCCGCCGAUGCGUCCUCAGCUCGCGGUGCAUUCCACACAGGAAGUCUCCGCCCCUCACCCACAAACAUGGGUCCGACGCCGGGCCCCUCCUCCUUUUCCCCGCCUCCCGUGUCUCGGGCCAUGAAGAGGAACUCUGUGCCGUUCGCGGCUCCGGGGCCGAAGAACUACCCGAGUCUGCAGACCCGACGAGGGAGCGCCGCCGCCGGCACUCUGACGUCCGUCAGCUGCAACCUCAACAUCCCACCCGCGGCCGCGGAGAGACGGCCGUCGAGCCCGGCGGACACGCCCACUCCCAUAGCCCAGCUCUCCUGCCAGCUGUCGGCCCGUGACCUCAGCACCACCAGCAGCGCCAUGGACACGGCCGCCAUGACCUUGGACCCCGAGAGUUGCCCCUAUUGCGCCAAGGCCCUGGCCAACGAGUCGGAGGGCAACGACACCCCCGGGGACUCGGACAGCGACGGCAUCUACGAGUUCACCCAGGACCUCCACCGCAAGGACAGGAGAGACAGCCGGCAGCCCGGGAAGCAGCGCUGCAGUCUGGGGAAAUCGGCGGCGAAGGUGGUGCACUUCUGGAGGCUCGUGUGCGACACCUUCCGGAAGAUCGUGGACAGCAAGUACUUCGGACGAGGGAUUAUGAUCGCCAUCCUGAUCAACACGCUGAGCAUGGGGAUCGAGUUCCACGAGCAGCCCGAGGAGUUGACCAACGCGCUGGAGAUCAGCAACAUCGUGUUCACCAGCCUGUUCGCUCUGGAGAUGCUGCUGAAGAUUCUGGUCUACGGGCCCUUCGGCUACAUCAAGAACCCCUACAACAUCUUUGAUGGCAUCAUCGUGGUCAUCAGCGUGUGGGAGAUCGUGGGUCAGCAGCACGGCGGCCUCUCGGUGCUGAGGACCUUCCGGCUGAUGCGGGUGCUGAAGCUGGUCCGGUUCAUGCCGGCCCUGCAGAGGCAGCUGGUGGUGCUGAUGAAGACAAUGGACAACGUGGCCACCUUCUGCAUGCUGCUCAUGCUCUUCAUCUUCAUCUUCAGUAUCCUGGGCAUGCAUCUGUUUGGAUGCAAGUUUGGCUGCGAGGGGCAGGGUGGAGACACCCAGCCGGACAGGAAAAACUUUGACUCCCUCCUCUGGGCUAUAGUGACCGUCUUCCAGAUCCUGACCCAGGAGGACUGGAACAAGGUGCUCUACAACGGCAUGGCCUCCACCACUCCCGUGGCCGCCCUGUACUUCAUCGCGCUCAUGACCUUCGGCAACUACGUCCUCUUCAACUUGCUGGUGGCCAUCUUGGUGGAGGGUUUCCAGACCGAGGGCGACGCCUCCACACCGGGCUCGGAGAUCGACUCCUGCGCGCGGAGCAUGGAGGACGUCGACGGCAGCAAGAAGGAUUUAUCGGCCUGCGCAGUGCCUGUAAAUGGUCAUGUGGACCUGAAGACCAGCCUCACUCCACCUCUGAUUACCCACACCGCCGCCACCCCCAUGCCCGUACCCAAGCUGCCCGUCGCAGGGGACCCCGUCCUGGGCUGCGAGUCCCGUCGAGGCAGCAACGUCUCCAUGGACCCGGCCUGCUACGACAAAUCCCCGACCAGUGCCCAGAGCUCCGCCCCCAACGCUGCGUGGACCACCGGCAGCGGCUGGACCAGCCGACGGUCCAGCUGGAACAGCCUGGGUCGCGCCCCGUCACUCAAACGGCAGAAGCGUCAGUCCGGGGAGCGGUGCUCUCUCCUCUCCGGGGAGGGCGGCUCCUGCUCGGACGAAGGCGGGGGAGAGGAAGACGACGACGGCGGGUUGAUGGAGGAAGACGACCCCUCCCUGGUCCGGACGGACUCCACGUCCCAGUCGCAGACCCGACACAGGAGGAUGGAGUCGAUGGAGACUCGCAGCUCCAUGGAGUUGCCCCCCGAUGCUCUGCUGCAGGUGCCCUACCUGUACCGCUCGGCCAGCAUGCACAGCUCCAGACCCCCGUCACUGGGCCACCUGCUGCCCCCGGGGCACAGCGGCUGCAACGGGAAGGGCUCUCCGGCAUCCCCGGGCCCCACUCACGUCUCUCUGGAGGACAACAUGGAAGACGAAAAUACAGAGGAGGAGGCCAACCUGGGUCGUUUUUCCAGACUGUUCCGCUGGCUGGAGAAGAAGCAGCCCGAGUGGUGUCGGCAGAGAGACACCUGGUCCCUCUACCUGUUCCCUCCAGAGUCCCGGUUUCGGGUGGUGUGCAACCGGAUCAUCAACCACAAGAUGUUCGACCACAUCGUGUUGAUCAUCAUCUUCCUCAACUGCAUCACCAUCGCCAUGGAGAGGCCUCACAUCUCCAUCGAGCGGAUCUUCCUGAAGCUGUCCAACUACAUCUUCACGGCCAUCUUCGUGGCUGAGAUGGCUAUAAAGAUCGUGGGGUUGGGCUGGUGUUUGGGGGACAAGUCGUACCUGAGGAGCAGCUGGAACAUUCUGGAUGGGAUGCUGGUGAUGAUCUCCGUUAUCGACAUCCUGGUGUCUCUAAUCUUCAACUCGGGCACCAAGAUCUUGGGCAUGCUCAGAGUGCUGCGGCUGCUGAGGACCCUGAGGCCGCUACGUGUGAUCAGCAGAGCCCCGGGGCUAAAGCUGGUGGUGGAGACCCUGAUGUCGUCACUGAAGCCCAUCGGCAACAUCGUGGUCAUCUGCUGCGCCUUCUUCAUUAUCUUCGGCAUCCUGGGAGUGCAGCUCUUCAAAGGGAAGUUCUUCGUCUGCGUCGGAGAUCAAAUCAUGAACAUCACCAACAAGUCUGACUGCUUGCUCAACAAAAACAAAUGGGAGAGACACAAGUACAACUUUGACAACCUGGGACAGGCCUUGAUGUCUCUGUUUGUUCUGGCGUCAAAAGAUGGCUGGGUGGACAUCAUGUAUAACGGACUAGACGCUGUAGGAGUUGACCAACAGCCCUCAAAAAACCACAACCCGUGGAUGCUGCUCUACUUCAUCUCCUUCCUGCUGAUUGUGGCCUUCUUCGUGCUCAACAUGUUCGUGGGCGUCGUGGUGGAGAACUUCCACAAGUGCCGGCGCCACCAGGAGGCCGCCGAGGCCAAGCGCAGGGAGGAAAAGAGACUGAAACGCAUGGAGAAAAAGAGACGGAGUAAGGAGAAGGAGCUGGCUGAAGCUCAGAGUAAGCCCUACUACUCAGAUUACUCCCCCACUCGCCUGCUCAUCCACAAGAUGUGCACCAGCCACUACCUGGACCUGUUCAUCACCAUCAUCAUCGGGAUCAACGUCAUCACCAUGUCCAUGGAGCACUACCAGCAGCCCAAGGAGUUGAAAAAGGCGUUGACGAUCUGUAACUACAUCUUCACCGUCAUCUUCGUCCUGGAGUCCAUCCUGAAGUUGGUGGCCUUCGGCUUCCGACGCUUCUUCAAGGAUAAGUGGAACCAGCUGGAUCUGGCCAUCGUGCUGCUGUCCAUCAUGGGCAUCACUCUGGAGGAGAUUGAUGGCAACGCGCUGCCCAUCAACCCCACCAUCAUCCGCAUCAUGAGAGUCCUGAGGAUCGCACGAGUGUUGAAGCUCUUGAAGAUGGCGGUGGGGAUGAGAGCUCUGCUGGACACCGUUAUGCAAGCCCUGCCUCAGGUGGGGAACCUGGGACUCCUCUUCAUGCUUCUCUUCUUUAUUUUCGCAGCGCUGGGUGUGGAGCUGUUCGGCGACUUGAUCUGCGAUGAAUUACAUCCAUGUGAAGGUCUGGGGCGCUAUGCGACGUUCAAAAACUUUGGGAUGGCAUUUCUGCUGCUCUUCAGAGUUUCCACCGGAGACAACUGGAACGGCAUAAUGAAGGACACGCUGAGGAACUGCGGCCAGAACAGCACUUGCUACAACACCGUGGUCUCGCCGCUCUACUUCGUCUCCUUCGUGCUGACCGCCCAGUUCGUCCUGGUCAACGUCGUCAUCGCCGUGCUGAUGAAGCACCUGGAGGAGAGCAACAAGGAAGCCAAGGAGGAGGCGGAGCUGGAGGCGGAGCUGGCGCUGGAGCGGCAGACGCACGGGGGGGGCGGAGGAGGAGACGUGGCGCCGACGAGGUCGCCCCAGCUCAACCCUCUGGCGCUGGGCGUGGACAGGGCGAGCUCGGCGGGGGGUUCCCCCCGCAGGGCCGCCGGCGGGGGGGGCGGGGACCAGGAGAGAGAGCGUCCCCUGGACUCGCCCACCGCCGAUAUAACCAGAGACUCGGUAAACAUCGGAGCAGACCCCCCACCGUGCCCGGAGCCCCCGCUGGAGCCGGAGCAGCUGGGCCCCGGGGGGCCGCCGGAGGACAACCUGCUGAGUGUCAGGAAGCCUGCGGUGGGACGCACACACUCCCUGCCCAACGACAGCUACAUGUUCCUCCCCCUGCAGCUGGUGGAGGCCGCGGAUCCGCCUCCAGCACACCUUCUAGCACAGACACAGGGGCCCCAGCACACACUGGGCACCUCCAGGGGCCACUCAGGUUCCAGCAGCUCGGUGCGGUCCCAGUCGGAGGAACGCUCCCCCCAGCAGCUGAGCGUCCCCGCGGACCUCUUCAGACCCAUCAGCCCCCACAGCCUCUCCGACUCCGAGUGCAUACCACGACUUCCCCCCCCCAGGCGCGCGCACACGCUCAGCCGGACGCUCCGCAGACAGGUCGCCGUGUCUACUGAUUCUCAAGAGGCCCUGUGUUCAGACGGAGGGGAGAGCAACAAAGGACUCGUGAACGUGGCCUCUCUGGGCCUCCCUCCGUGCCCCUCCUCCUCCCCCUCCUCCUCUCCCCGCUCCUAUUACUAUCAGCAGCCCGCCACAUCCGGCCCCUCCCCUAAGCCGCCCCGCCCCGGCAGCGUGCACACCCAGCUUUACGACCAGCACUGCCUCGCCUCCCACUCGCCGACGCCCCCCUCGCGGGCCAGGCCGCACCAACAGGAGGAGGCCUCGGCGGACCAGGAGGUGUCCCUCAUUAUCGACGGGGUGUUGGCUAGCGGCGGCGUCACGGCGGAGGCGAGCGGCGAGGAGAGCCAGAGUGUGAGCCAGAGGCCGCUGAAGAGGUUCUACAGCGCUGACGCGCAGGGUCUCAGCGCGGACCCCCGGCCCCGCCCCCGCCCAUACUCCUGGCUGGACGACCCGCGCUCCUCGGCGGAGUCCGGCCCACGGCGCAGCGCCUCCGGCUUCGUGUCGCGGGCCGACAGCCUGCAGACCCCCGCUCACGCCUCGGUGCCCUCGCCGCGACACAAGAAGAAGAUGAGCCCACCCUGCAUCUCCGUGGACCCCCCCGUCGGACAGGAGGGCCUCUACCCGGGCGGGGCGGGCCGACUCGGGAGCAUGACGGGGCUGGGGGGGUUGGGGAUGCCCCCUCCUCUGCCCAGCAGGGACACCUGCCUGAGGAGGAGAGCGCCCUCUAGUGACUCGAAGGACUCCUUUGACCUGGGGGUUGGGGAGGGCUCGGGACUGGACGGGGGCCCCCCAAACCCCAACGCCAACCCCAAGCUACUGACUCCUCCCAGAGAAGACAAACCCUGAGCACUGAACACUGAUACGCCCACACACACACACACACACACACGCACACACAGACACACACACAGCUGGACGAACCCUUCACACACACAUCAGUGAUGGUGAUAGUUCUAGUAAUAAUGCUGUAGAGAGUAAUAAAGGUGAAACUACAACCGCUGGUGAAAACAUCCUUGUUGCAUAAGGUGUGCGUACUGUAGUCAUGUGACCUUGUCUUUGUAUUGUUCCUGCCAAGAGAAGCCGGGAGGAAGAGGACGCCGGAGACAACCAUGCGACACGUUCCUCUUCACGCUCCUUCUGCAUGCCACUGGCUGCAGCUUGACCCCAUGACCUCUGGAGUGACAUCAGCCCCCCCCCCCCCAUCCCUCCCACUCCCCCCUCCAGGAUGUGGCGCCCUCUGUGGCCGCCGUCUGAACUGCCUGGUGUCAUGCGGGGUGGGCUUUGCGCGGUCAGUGGAGGUACAAAGCAAUAUGAACGUUUUAGAGACACUAUUUUCUUAAAUUAUUGGGCCAUAGUGUUUGUACAGGGUGUUGUCGUUUUUAAUUUCAAUUGUUUGUUUGUUUUCCGCGUUUUUCUUCUUCUUUUCUUUCAUGUUUUCUUUGUCAAAAUGGUUUUGUCUUUGUCCUUUUUUUUUUUUUUUUUUCAUUGUAGGAUAUUUCUAGCUCUCGUGGUUUACUGAGGAAGAGUGAAAGUUUUUUCAAAGUGCUGAAAACCAUGUAUUUGUAGGAAUAAUAUAUAAAUAUAUAUAUAUAUAUAUACAUAUCUCUAUAUAUAUAUAUUGAUAUACAUAUGAAAAAAAAUAAGUCAUUAAACUGAGUUUGGAUUUUUAAGCACACGCA